UUACUAUGGGCGUGGAACCUGUAAAAAGGGGACCUCGCAGCAGUAGACAGUAGUUGCAUUUACCGGGCUGAUUUAUUUUGUGAUGGAAAACACUGACGACCUAUUAACGUUUCAAGUUAAAUACUGAGGAAAUUUACCCGGACACCAGCAUUACAACUCUUGAAGAUUCAUCGCCUCUGAAAGUCGUAUGACAGACACUCGCGCAGGUAACCUGCAGAAAGAUAAACCGCACGCGUAUUUCCCACAUCGGAUGAGUCGAGGCCGGGAAGCAAGAUUGAUGUGCACGCUGACAUCGUUCCGUUGAUACCCCGAUGCUGAAGAAUUGUCACCGGGCGUGCGCUGCAGAUAUUCGGCCCCCACUCCAUCUUCACGUCGGGAAUAGCCAUGGUAAUCAUCUGGAAAAGUCAGUGAUUCAACAAUUAAAUCGCCAUGGAAUCGGGUGCUGAGCCCGAUGGAUUUAAAUACCCAUCUCUUCCCAAUUCGCAAUGUGAACUCAACAUAAAUAUGUAUGAGACUAUCAGAGACGGAAACGUCACUAAUAUGGACACUUCGACGGUCGUGAGAGGUGGGAGUGACCCUAGUGCAUAUCCUCCAUCGAAUUAUCAGCGGAUCGUGCGCCAAAGAUUCAUCAGGAGAAGUUUGUGGUUCUCAGACUCUGAUGAGCAGGCCUUUGAGGUGCCAGAAUGUGACAACAGGAGUAAAAUCCUCAACGUAAGCCUGCGCACGAUAGUUGACAGGACACGGGGGGCUCGGUUGGGGCCACAGGAGAGUUCCACUCCCGAGAGUCAUGGGGGGAAGAAAGACGGCGCCACAGAGGGUGCCAGUGCUGAUGAAAAGGAGAAAGCUGUGGAUAAAUUGAAUGUUACAUCCACCGACGGCAGUAAAAACACUGUCAGAACUGCUAGCGAGGAGAACGAGGAAGAGGCUGAGAUGAAAGCUGUUUCCACGUCCCCUGGGGGACGGUUUCUCAAGUUCGAUAUCGAGCUCGGGAGAGGGUCCUUCAAGACUGUUUAUAAAGGUCUGGAUACCGACACCUGGGUGGAAGUUGCCUGGUGUGAACUUCAGGACCGUAAGCUGACCAAAGUGGAGCGUCAGCGGUUUAAGGAGGAGGCCGAGAUGCUGAAGGGGCUGCAGCACCCCAACAUCGUCCGCUUCUAUGACUUUUGGGAGUCACCCCUCAAAGGGAAGAAGUGCAUUGUCCUGGUGACGGAGCUCAUGACCUCCGGCACCCUCAAAACGUAUCUGAAGCGUUUCAAGGUGAUGAAACCCAAGGUCUUAAGGAGCUGGUGUAGACAGAUCCUAAAGGGCCUCCACUUCCUCCACACCCGGGACCCUCCUAUCAUCCACAGGGACCUGAAGUGUGACAACAUCUUCAUCACGGGCCCCACUGGCUCUGUAAAGAUAGGAGACCUGGGCCUGGCCACACUCAAGAGGGCCUCCUUCGCCAAAAGUGUCAUAGGCACCCCAGAGUUCAUGGCCCCAGAGAUGUAUGAGGAGCACUAUGACGAGGCAGUGGACGUCUAUGCCUUUGGGAUGUGUAUGCUGGAGAUGGCCACCUCGGAGUACCCCUACUCUGAGUGCCAGAACGCUGCACAGAUCUAUCGCAAAGUCACCAGCGGAGUGAAGCCUGCCAGCUUUAACAAGGUUGUGGAUCCUGAAAUCAAGGAGAUUAUUGGCGAGUGCAUCUGCCAAAAGAAAGAGGAGCGGUACUCUAUAAAGGACCUGCUGAACCACGCCUUCUUUGCGGAGGACACAGGGGUGCGGGUGGAGCUGGCAGAGGAGGAUGAUGGGAAGAAGGCAGCUAUCGCCCUGAAACUGUGGGUGGAAGACCCCAAGAAGCUGAAGGGGAAGUACAAGGAGAGUGGAGCAAUUGAGUUCACCUUUGAACUGGAGAAAGAGACCCCAGAGGGCGUGGCCCAAGAGAUGGUGGAAUCUGGGUUCUUCCAUGAGAGUGAUGCUAAGAUCGUGGGGAAGUCUAUCCGAGACCGUGUAGCGCUGAUCAAAUGGAGGAGAGAGAGGUCUGUAUUGGCAGGACCUACAGUGGACAUAGGAGAGGCAGGACUCGGGGCCCAGUCAGCCCCAGCCCAGGGGGCCUCUGCUGGGGCUACACAGGCAGUACAGCCCCCUCUGCUGGAGCCAGAGGCAGACCAGCACGCCAGGCUGUGUAACCUUCCAGCCAGCGCCACCUCUGUCACAUCAGACAGUACGUUUGACAGCGGCCUGGGCUCCGCUGUGUACUCUGACUCCCACAGCAGCCAACACAAUGUCCUCUACCAGUCCCUAGUGGAGCCCAUCACCAUGGCAACGCAUCACCAGCGUCACCGCAGUGGUCUAUAUUUGGCUUCAGCACGCCCCCGCUCCUGUGAAAAGGGUGAGGGGUGGAAAGGAGCCCUAGGGCCAGAGCUCCGAGUGGGGGUAGGAGCAGGGGCAAGGAGAGGGAGUGCCUCUGUCAUUGACACUCUAAGGGGCAACAACGUCACUCUUCAUAAGCUCCUGCAACCUCUGACCUCUGGGCCCUGCAGCCCACAGAGAUCUGCCAGUCCUGCGCCCACAUCACCAGACAACCAAACAGAGAGCAGCUCCUCUGAGUUCCGCUCCGAGGCAGAGGACGGCUUCCCUUCUCCGAGUGCUUUGCCUGCCACCCUCCUCCUGGCCCUACCUGACCCCACACACUCUGAGGCCCGGCGUCAUAGUGACACUUCUGUGGAAUCCAAGACAUUGGAAGCCACCAAUGCGAGCAGGGUUAAAUCUGUGUCAGGUGGGCGGAGGCAUUCAGACUUCAGCACCCUGCUGAGUCUAAACUCUGCCCAUCACCACCACCAAGGCGCACCCAGAAAGCACCUCUGCCAGGCCUGCUUCUCUCUGCUGCUGCUGAAGUCACAAGAGGGGGGGCAGAAGCACAUCGCCUUUCCCUUUCCACCACACCCCUGUGGGGUAGCGACAACCGCAGGGUCCGGAGGGGUGAAAGGUCAAAGUCACAUAGGAAGUGACUGCUCUGACCUCUUCUUACUACAACAGAACCUGAUGAACAUCAUCAGCUGUAAAACCACCCUAUCCAACCAGGGCCAACCCUCCCUCCUCCACCUGCCUGCAGCCCAGCAGCCUGCCAAGAACUAUGGGGAUGGGAGUCUGAACUUACUCCAGAGAGGCAGCUUCAGUGGUGGCCACACUACACCUCCUCUGGCCAGGCCCACACAGGACCGCAGGGCCAGCUACUGCGCUGGGGAGCAUCGAGCUACCGGGCCCCCGGGAGUGUCCAGUGCUGUGCACACCUUGCUCCAGAACCAUGUGUCUCUCCAGAGCCAGCCUGCCUCUGCCCCGGCCCUGCACACCCACCUGCAAUACCUCCAGCCUGGCCACAGCUACCCCACCGCUCCCCAGGUCAUUCAGCAGACACCCACCACAGCCAGCUUCUCAGCUGUAGCUUUGCAACACACCCCAGCCUCAGCAAGUUACUCGGCAUCAAACGUUCCUCUGCAACAGAAUCAUACCGGACAGAGCUACCCAGCUCCACCUCAGCAACAGACAGCAAUAGCAGCAAGUUAUACAACUGCAAAUGUACCACUUCAACAGCCUGCAGCAAGCUUUUCAGCGACAACUACGCCCCCGCAGCAGCCACACACUGCAGCAAGCUACACAGCAGCAACAAUGCCAAUCCAGCGGACACCAACUCCACAGAGUUAUGUUGCUCCAGCUCUGCAACAGCUGACUCAAACUGCAGCGAGCUACGCAGCUCCAACUCUGCAACAAAACCCAACACCAGCAAGCUUCUCAGCAGCAGCAGCAGCCUUGUCUGUCCAACAGACUGUAUUGGCAGCUACCAUAGCAGCAGCAGCAGCAGCAGCAACAAAACCCACACAACCAGUUGCACAGAACUACUCCGCUCCAGUGGGGCAUCUCCAACAGACUGCACCCACACAGAGUUGUGCAUCUGUAGCCCCAACUGUGGUCCACACAGUACCUAUACCCAGUCUCCCUACUCGGACCCCCAGUGUAGCAACACAACCUCUAACUUCUGUUGUUCCUCCCCCAGUCCAGCCUUGCCCAGCCCCACACAGCCUCUCAGACAUUGCCAUGCCUCCCAUUCUGCAGCCUGGCCAGUCUAGUCCCAUGCAUCACAGCCAACAGACAGUGCAGGUCCCCAUUCAGCAGCAACACAGCCAGCAAAUGGCACAGACUGCUGUCCAACAGGAUAGUCCCAUGCAGCACAGCCAACAGACUGUGCAGGUCUCCCUACCCCAACACAGCCAGCCAAUGGUUAAGCCUACUGUCCAACAGACUCCAGUUGUCCAGCGCUACCAGUCACCUGCCCAUACUGUGCAGCAAGGUUCAACCCUCCAGAGUUACCCCAAUUCUAUACCCCUGAUGGGGCAACAGAACUCUGCUUCUCAGAGCUACCCACCCUCAGCCCCACACAUACAACAGGCUGCUUCUCAGAGCUACCCACCCUCAGCCCCACACAUACAACAGGCUGCUUCACAGAGCUACCCACCCUCAGCCCCACACAUACAACAGGCUGCUUCACAGAGCUACCCACCCUCAGCCCCACACAUACAACAUGCUGCUUCACAGAGCUACCCACCCACAGCCACACAGGCUGCAACGGUGCAAGGCUACACAUCACUCCAACCCAGUGUGAUGGGUCAGGCCUGUCCAUCUGCUCAGGCUCCACAGCAGGCCGCAGACCCACAGACCUACCCAGUGGCCCCCAUAGUGCAACAACAGACUGGGACUACUGCACAGCACAGCCAGGCACAGGUGGCCCCACUACCCCCAGGCCAGCAGUACCAACUCUAUCUCCACAACCCAGCUUUCCUGAACCAGAAUGUCCCUGGGGGUCAAAGCUUUCCCCAGCACCACCAGUCAUUAUCUAGUCUGCCUGCCCAGGCACUGCCUUCUCAGCAGCCAUUGGCUCAGGCCUCUGACCCUCUGCAGUUGCAGCCACUACAGAUGUCCACUUCUCUGCCCCCAACACACCUUUCACAGUUUCCCUCACCGUAUCCCAACAUCCAAGUGGUGACACCUCUGGCUGGAUGUGACUCCUACCCUCACCCCUGCCCUGUUCCCCAGUCCUACCCCUCCUCCACUGCCCUAUCUCUGCCCCCUCUCUACCUCUCCCCAGGCCAGCCUGCCACUCUGCCCCCCUCUGUCUCACCCCUUGCCCCCCUGCAUAUAGGGAACGCUCUGGUGCCACCCACCUCUGUGUCCUUGAUACCCUCACCAACAACCCUGCUGGCCAUGGCAGCACCCACACUGCCACAGCGCCUGCAUAUGUACCCUGCUGUUUUGCAACAGAGUGUUAUGACACACCCACACACACAACAACCUACUCACACACACCCUGUUCACUCACACCCUGCCUCACUACCUGGACAACAGAAUACACACCACAUGAACCCAGACCGUUCUGCCCUACCCCUACCUGUUCAACACAACACACACCCCACAUACACACACCCUGCUGCUGCACCUGAGCUUGCUCUGCACAGCUCUCAGCCGUUAAGACAGGUCAAGCAGCAAACCCAGGUUCCAGAUCCAGUCCACCCCUCCCAGCCUACCCAUCCUGCAGUUUUCUCCUCUCCCAUACAUAGUGGACUGGACAGGGGCACAGUCACUGCCACAGCCCAGCUUGACCAGAACCUCAGCCAAACCCUGUCUCAGCGUCAGGCACUAGGCCAGAACCAGAGCCAACCCCAGGCUCCAGCGUCACAGCCACCAGGCUCCCAGACAGCAGGACCUGGGCCUGCCAGCACCAGCUUGACACAGCAGAACCAGGCCAGUGCCAGCACAGGGACCACGGUCACCUCGGCACAGCCUCAAACAGAGUCCAAUCUGGAGGAUCCUGGUGCAGAGAAGCAGGCGUCAGGGGCCAGCUACUCCUACGACAGUGUGAACUCCGAUGCCACCUCAGGGAAGGAGAUGAGCGACGGUAAUGAGGGGACACACGGGUCAGGGAAGGGCGAGGGGAAGGUCCGGAAACCCCACCGCCGCUCCACACGCACCCGCUCACGCCAAGAGAAGCUCAACAAGCCCAAACUCAGCAUGCUCAACGUGUGUAAUACAGGGGAUAAGAUGGUGGAGUGUCAGCUGGAGACCCACAACCACAAGAUGGUCACCUUCAAGUUUGACCUGGACGGAGACGCACCUGAGGAGAUCGCCACUUACAUGGUGGAGAAUGACUUCAUCCUGCUCCUGGAGAAGGAGAUGUUUAUAGAGCAGCUGAAGGACAUUGUGGACAAGGCUGAGGAUAUGCUGAGUGAAGACACAGAGGGGGAGAGGAGCUCUGACCACGCGGGCAGUCCUCAACAGAGCCACGGAACAGUCAUACUGGGGGGAGAGGGUUCAAAGACUGCUACACCUAAUUCACCACAGCUUGUUUACCAGCAGAAUGUCCUCCACACUGGGAAGCGCUGGUUCAUUAUCUGCCCCGUGGCCGAGACGCCCACGCCAGACAGGGAGAAGACCUCAUCAGACGCCUCUACAGCCAAGGAGGUUCCCGAUACGUCAUUGUCUAGGUCCAGCUGCAGUACUACUCCUCCUGUUCCUGCCCUGACCACCACAGCCCCUACUCCAGCCCCUUCUGCCCUCCCUGCACCUCAGAGAUCUGCUCAGCCUCAGGACCCCAAUGUGGGCAAGGCCAGAAUGCAGCAGCCCCAGGCCUCUGGAACCAAACCCACCACCAAUACUACCACUGCUGCUGUGGGCCGCCACGAGCCCUGUGUCUCCAUGGUAACAGACAUCCCAUGCUGCCCCAUUGUUCCACCCGUGUCUCUGGAUGUGAAUGGGGUGGGACAUAAAGGGGCGAGCGGCACUUCCUCCUGUCUACCCAAUCAGGGGGCCAGCCUGUCAGGAGACCUGCCCCCUCUGGGCUCCCACCAACCUGUGGUCUUGCAGCAGCCCUACGCUACACCCAGCAUGGUGGGUGGAGGAGGUGGAGCCACAACACCAUCACAGCCCCAGAGUCCAGCCCACCAGGCCUCCCAGCAGCAGGAUGGACCUGGUGGAUCUGGGAGUGGAGGUGGUGGGGGCCUGGGGGAGUCUGAUGGCGAGGGCCCCCCCAGGGUGGAAUUUGUGGACCGCACUAUCAAGACUCUUGAUGAGAAGCUGAGGAACCUGCUGUACCAGGAGUACGCCCCAUCUGCUCCCUCCAGCACUGCCUCAGACCUCCAGGGCUUCAGCACAGAGGGGGUCAGCUCUCCCCUUGUCUCUGACAGCCAGACCAUCACAGAGGGGGGGCUCUCCAGGAAGGGAGAGCUGCUGCCUCAGAUCCCUGAGCGUACAGAUAGUUUGGAUACCCUGAGUGACUCUGCAGCCUGUAAAGGUGUGCUGAACACUGACAUGAUGGGCAGUUCCAGUUCCUAUGGCUCCAAGAGCCGUUUUCAGAUCGUCCCCACUCCUCCAGAAGUCAUCAUCCGUCGUUUAGAGAAGGGCAGAAGUCGCAGCACCUGCAGCUCCACGGCUCCCUCUAGUGGCUCGGGGGGCUCUCACGCUGCAGCUGAGGGGGGAGGACGGCGAGGCCAGGGGUGUAUGGCCGUGGGCAGGUUCUCAGUGAUAACCACCGAAGAGGGGUUGGAAAACAACCCCAAACCUCACUGUAGCCACCGCUACUCAGCCCCCCCAGACUUCUACCAGGACACUCCCACAUCCAGCCCCAACGCCACCCCCACCCUGCUCCCACGCGCCCACACUGCUGACGCUGCCACGAACUACUCCUUCCACUUCGACUCUGACUCAGGGGAGGAGGACACCAGUAGUUUAGCCCCUACCCACCACAAGCCUCCAGCCCACGUACUCUCGGAACACAGCGGAAGUGACCUCAUGAAGAGGGCGGUGGCCUUCCUGCGCCGCACGGGCCGCAGCAGCAGUGUGCAGAGCUCUGAUUCGCCGAGCCGGCAACCCGUGGUAGCGAACGGCCACGCCCUCUCGCCGCCUGGACCCGGCCACGCAUCGUACAUCAGCAGUGACAACGAUUCUGAGUUUGAGGACGCAGACAUGAGGAAGGAGCUGCAGAGGCUGAGGGAAAAACACAUGAAGGAGAUCUCCGAGCUGCAGGCGUUCCAGAGGAAUGAGAUCGAGCGUCUGUAUAAAGAGGUGGGGAAAGCCCUGCCGCCUGGUGUAGGCCUGCUGCACGCUGCGCCCCCUAGUGGCCGCAGACGUAGGGCCAGCAAACACAAGCUGAAGGCGGGCAAGCUGCUCAACCCCACGGUGCAGCAGCUGAAAAACAACCUGAACACCACCACCACCACCGGUGAGAGAAAAGGUGAGAGUACACCGGGCUUGUCUGGCUCUCCAGCUAAGAGCUCCAUCAUGUCUGACAGCUCUGCCUGCUCCAGUGGCAGCAGCAGUAGUACCAGCAGCAUUCUGCCCAGCACUGCCCCAGAACCCGUCCAGACCCAGCAGCCCUGUUCUCUCAAGGGCUCCCUCUCCUCUGACAGCAUCUAUGGUGGUGGCAUGGCCACACACGCUGGCCCAGGGCAAGGAUGGACGGUAUACCACCAAACGUCAGAGAGAGUGACCUAUAAAUCUAGUAGCAAACCGCGUGCUAGAUUCCUCAGUGGACCCGUGUCUCUGUCCAUCUGGUCCACACUGAAACGACUAUGUCUAGGCAAAGAGCGCAGUAGUAGGUCUUCUCACGGCGCCAGUGCAACUCAGACAGCGUCCAAUCAGCAACCAGCUGUUCCAACCCCUUCGUCAUCUCCUCAACCAAUGGCGGCGCUAGUUCAGGCCCAGACGAACAACAGCAACAACAAGAAGCCAGGCACCUUCACAGACGACCUGCACAAGCUGGUAGAUGAUUGGACGAAGGAGACGCUGGCGGCCAAUCAGCCACGGCCCUCUCUGAACCAGAUCAAACAGCAGCGACGCAGGCAGGACCUGGAGGGCCGAGCCACGCCCAUGGGAGGAGCCACCCAGGAGGUGAGAUGUGCCAUCCUUCCAAACAAGUUCCAGCUGCCUCUGUCCUGUCCGCUGACAGCUGUAGGCCUAGCCGUGCCCACUGACCUGGGCUCCAACCCCUCUGCCAUGCUCCAGCCCGGGUACCUGAUAACAGCAGGUCCUUAUGGAGGGAUUGUGCCCGGCCCCUUAUACCCCCAGCAGUGGUCUGGUAUGCCCAGUCCUGUGGGGAGGAUGGGGGCAGCGGGAGGAAUGCCCUACCCCACCAUGGCCAACCCAGAGUUGCAGGCGUACCCCCUUACCCUGCACAGCCCUGAGAACGGCCCUAACACCAGGACUACCUAAUGUGACGAAUAGCACCUUCCUGCACCCAGCAAACCCCCACCCCAUCGCACCUGAUGCUCAAAACAGACUGCCCCCAACGUCCCCCUCUAUCCCAGCACCCUCACAUCAGGACUGUCUAACUAACAGGUCUUACCUAAUUCUGUGCUGAUAACCUAACUCCACUCUGUCCCCCCUGGUUUUCACUCCAGGGUUACAAUUGUAAUGAAAUCAGUCUAAUCACUUUUAAUGGGGUGACGGGACAGAAAAUAGAAUAAAGUAGGGCCCACACAUUUAGAUGCACCAACAAAUGGCUUAUGGGUCGUUCCACCUCAAAAAGCACAAGAAAGAGGAUUUUGACAACCAUCUCCGGUUGUGCUAAAAUUGUUUCUGUAGUUAGAAACAUAAGAUUAGAAUUCCUGAAACAAUUUGUUACUGCCACACCCUUUUAUCAAAUUCACUGAUAUUUAGUGUUUAUUAAAUGGAUCACAUCUUUUUUUUUUUUUUCAACUUUGGGUAGAAAACCAAUGGCUUUGGCUCAAGGGAUUAUGUUACAUAGGAUGAAGAAGCAAUACUCCAAGUCAGACAUAGAGAAGUGUUGCUGUAUACUGGGUGGGAUUGGUGUGGGGGGGGUCCGUGGGUGGCGUUUGACCAUUUUUAUUGGAUUCCUUGUGUCUUACUCAAUUGUAGGAAGAAGUUUGACCCAAAUCGUAUGUUUGGUACUAUAUGUAUUGAAUAUUAUGUGAAUCCUAUGAAUUAAAAGGGCCAAUUUGGGUGCAAUCAAAUAGGUUAAUUUCUCAAAUUUCAACAAUGUUGCAAGAAUGCCAAUCUUAGAAACAGAUAACUACAGAAACGAUUUCUGAACAAUCUGAGAUGGUGUCAUGGCUUGCUGAAAUGACAUGGGAUGACACUUAUGUGUUGGAGUACACAUUAGUGUGUCUGAGUACUGGCCCCUACUUGACUGUACUACUCAACCCCUCCAGUGUUCCUAUAUGCAGGAUAGUCCUGCUCCACUCUGCUCUGAUUAUGUGGUUUGAUGCUUUAUCAAAGAGCAACAUGCAUGUAAAUAACCUGUGAGCUUGUAAAUCUCCAGUGUGCAGGUAGAUGUAGUUUAUACAACACCUGAAGUUUUCCUGUGUGUGCUUGCGCACAGUAUAAAUGUCCUUUGUGUGUGUGUGUGUGUGUGUGUCAGAGUACCUACUGCUUUGGUCUUGACUAAACUCAGUCAUACAAAUAAUAUUAGCGGUCACCAAUGUGACAUUUUCACCAAAUCCAUCAUAACCAAUAAGCAGUAAUGUUUUCAGAUAGCUUUUUAUUGUUUACUAACGUUUUGUCAACCUUAAUACACUACAUUAGAAAUGAAAAUACAAGGGUUUAAGAUGACAGGAUACCUGUAUUUAAGGUGAAGUUCUAUGGAGGAGUGCCUUGAACAUUGCUUUUUUUUUGUGAAAUUAAGCAUGUCCAAAUCACACAGAUUUUAUUUCAUGGUGGCUUGAGUGCCACUUCACUUUUUAUGCUUUGCAGACACUUUUUUUGGUUUACAUUUGAAUGCCCUUGUAACACUGCACUAUUAACACAGUAUAUGCUUUUAUUUAAGUAAUAAAAUCACGUUUUUAAUCUUUGUUUACUCCACCCUUGUGAAAUUUAGAACGCCAUAGAUGUGAAAUGGACAGUUGCCUUGCGAGAACAGGCAGUUUAUGUAGCUACAGUUAAUAAGAGAAAACAACAUAAAAUAAAAGUCAAAACAAACUCAUUGGGCAGUGGUUAGUGUCAUAGGCAUAGAGUUAGAAUUCCUAGAAUUAACAUUCCAAUUCAAGUCAACGUUCCUCAAUGGAUGGACCAAUUGAAUUCUCAUUCUAUAUGAGCUAGGAGUAGGGGAGCUAGUAGUGUCCAGCUCAGAAUGUAGCAGAGGCAGGUUUGCCGAGCGAGACUUAAAGUGCAAUUUCACCCCUCCACCUAGCUUUCAUAGUGGCCGUGCCACAAGCCUUAUCCAGGAACCUGCAACAGGAGCUAGUUUCUUUUGUUGCCUACAAAUCACAAAGAAAACACUAACUGCAUUUACAACUGCAAAAUAUUUUCUGUUGGGCCAAGAACAUGGCUCCUAUUAUUAAGCACAUCAUGUGAUUUAAUUAGUGCAAUUACCAGUUAUUUACUCGUCUAAAGUAUUGUUUUGUGUUUCUUGAGCUUGAUGUCGACGCUGCUAGUGUGUCUGGUGGAUCCAUUAAGAAGGAAAGGAGUUAGGGUGUGUAUCUCGUGGUACUUGAUAAGAUGAUACGCAUCCCUCCAGUAAUAAAUACCUUUUUCAGAGGGUAUGUUUUCUCAAAGAGAUGUUCAUUUGAAGCAGUGUUAUUAUAUUGCCUUGUUGAAAUUAUUAAAUGAUGUAUCAUUUCCCGGGUGGUUAUUGAUACCCUGGCUUUCUGUUCUUUAUGGUUUUGAGUGUUUGAUUCCUCUGUUCAGAAUGAAACAUGCUAAAUGCAGAUGGAGAAUUGCAGAUGGCAUGACCUGUGUUCUAACCAUAGCCUGUAUGAAAUGGGUUCCAACCUGUAAAAAUAUGAUAAUAUGUGCCAUUUAGCAGACGCUUUUAUCCAAAGCGAUUUAGUCAUGCGUGCAUACAUUUUUACAUGGGUGGUCCAGGAAAUCGAACCCACAAUCGUGACAUUGCAAGCACUAUGCUCUACCAACUGAUCACAAUAUGUAUCCCACCAUACCUGUACAUAAUGGGAUUAACCUCCCCCUUAUCCUCCUGACCAUUGAAAGAGCAGUUCAGUUCAAGAGCAGUUCAGAACAGUUCAAACUGUUCAAAUAUUUUCCAUACAGCAAGAUGAUUAUUAUACCGCCAGCUAGAAAUCUCACAACCACCACACCAGUUAAAGGUUGCAGCACUCCAGUCCUGCCAAGCUGUGAAUUGUACAGUUUUCCUGUAAUUAGUAUUUCUACAUUUUCUUUCUGUUUUGGGAUUUCACAUCAGUGUUUGUUAUUCCAUCAAUUCGGUUUGAAUUGGACUUUUAUAGGAUAUUAUGCAGUCUUCUGCUUUGGUGAAAUACUUCUAGUAGUAAGAGAUUUCUGUUCUCUGUUACUCGUAUUUAACAGUAAUGCUACUGCUGUCUGUUAUGCUUAGUGAGCAGAAAACCUCUGUUGGAAUAUUCACUGGGAGGCAACAUUCAGAUCCAUAGAAAUGGAUUGUAUAGAACCAAUACGAUUAUCUGAGGAAUAGCGCACUGUGCCACUUCUGAUCAUUGCAUUUCUAUCAGUUCUGAGCAACAUUGCCUCCUGUUGAAUAUGCACCCCUUGAUGGAAGGCUUGCAAUAAAGCUCUGCGUGGAAUUUGCUUCUGCCUGCUGUGCAUUUCCCACUAUAUUACCUUACCAACCCAGUCAGCCCCACUCUAAUCACAAAGACUGUACAUGUUUAAAGAGAGAAAUAAACAUUAUUUUGUCCUUGA